CUGAGGAAGCUAGUUUUGGAAGAAGUUUGUUUCAGAGGUUGAGCGCACUGAACCAUUUGGUUUUUUACACAUCAUGGCAUGAGACCAAAGCUAAACUUAGUAUUGGUGUGGUGUCUCCCUAUUCUGCUCAAGUUGUUGCAAUUCAAAGAGAAGGUUGGAAAGAAGUAUGACUAUAUUAAUGGCUUUCGAGUGAAAUUGAAAACAAUUGACGGGUUCCAGGGUGGGGACGAAGACAUUAUACUAAUGUCAACCGUAAGAUCUGAUAUAGGCCAGACAUUGGAUUUCAUAUCCAAACCUCAGAGAACGAAUGUUGCUCUCACUAGAGCUAGGCAUUGCUUGUGGAUACUUGGUAAUGAAAGAACCCUUGCUAAUAGUCAAUCUAUUUGGGAAGCUCUAGUCAUUGAUGCAAAAAAGCGUCUCUGUUUCUAUAAUGCUGAUGAAGAUGUGAGUUUGGUGAAGGCUAUGUUAGAGAUAAAGAAAGAGCUUGAUCAAUUCGAUGAUCUUCUUAAUGCUGAUAGCAUGCUUUUCAGAAAUUCGAAGUGGAAGGUUCUUUUCAGUGAUAACUUUUUGAAGUCCUUUAGAAAGUUAACACCUAUUCGGAAAAAAAAGUCAAUUUUAAACCAUCUUCUUAAGAUUUCCGGUGGUUGGCGGCCUAAAAGAUUUCUAAAAAGAAUCGGGAAGUAGAAGUUCUUUGGAGAUAAUGAGAUUUAAGGUUGAUGGCCAAAUUGUUAUUAGUACAGUGGACAUCGCAAAGAAUUCGAACUACUUCCAAGUACUAAAGAUAUGGGAUGUCUUGUCUCCGGAUGAUGUACCAAAACUGAUAAAACGCCUUGAUAACAUUUUUGGUAACUACACAGAUGAUUUUGUCAACCUGUGCAAUGAAAGACUUUUCAAUGGGUAGGUAGUUUUGCGUUUGAAUAAUUCCUAGCUAACAUUGCUAAUUAAACUUUGCUCUAUACUCUCCCAUCAUAUUGUGUUAUUGAUAUGCUUGGAAAUACCAAAGGAGUGGCCACCCUCUUUGGAUUUUGUUAGGUUUAAGGAUCUCUCUAACAACAAAUCUGAGAGUGAAUCAAUUGGUCCUUCCUCUGAUGGAGUAAGUUAUGUUGAGAAUUCGAAGGUCAGUGAAAGUUUGCUGCUUAUGAAGUUCUACUCCUUGUCUCAUGGUGUAAUAAAAAGUGCUCUAGCUAAUUUUUACUUUUUUAAUUUAAAAAUAUUUAGUUACAUGCAUAAUACAGGGUGGGUUGGAGAUUAGGAUAACUAUAAGUCUAUAACCACGGGUUAUAUUAUGAGAAAUGUUAAAGGGCAGUGCCUAGCACCCUUCUAUGUGUCAAUAUCGCUAUUGGUCCAAUUAAAUAUCGGGUCCCAUAUAAUUUAAUAUAAUAGUUUAUAGAGAGUAUCGCUAGCCAAUCACAAUACGACAUGUCGAGAAGGUGCUAGGCACCACUGAUGUCUAAUAGCAAUGCUCGUUAUAUUAUUUAUCUUGAUCGAAAUCUACUGUCUUGGAAUUCAAAGAAACAAAAAAGUACAGCACUUUCUUCCACCAAAGAUGAAUUUUGACCAAUUGCAUCUACUAACUACUAAGGUCCUUUGGUUGCAUCCUCUACCAAUUUAUGAACUUUGUAUUCCAUUAAUUGGAUGACCCGCCCACUGAUGGAGGUACAUGAAACAACAAGAAAAUUUAGCUUAGGA